AUGUUCUGCCGCUCCUUCAUCUCGGCCUUCCAGGCCACCCGCGCUGCACGCGUCUCGCUCGUCUUCAAGCAGCUAGAGGGUAACAUGCCCCUGACCAAGAAAGACAAGCCGGUCAACUCAUGGUCAGACGAGUUUAUGAAGCCGCCGAAGUCGACGGAGAUGACGAAGAAGUACGGCCGCUACGCCAAGUACUCCGACCCGGCUCUCUGCGACGUGGACACGUCCGAGGAGGUCGUGCUGAACACGUACCCGGAGGGGACUCCGCAGGGUCGCAUCGAGGCCACCGCCGGCGUGGCUCUAAAGGACUACGAUGCAAGUAUGUGGGACGAAGAGUUCUUCCGCAAGCACAUCCUCAAGCCGAAGCUCGCCGACGACAUGGAGGACCGCGCCCGUGUCACGGACUACGCGCUUAACUCCGCAAUGCUCGGUUUCGUAAUUCUCAUGGCCCGCUACGCCGUGCUGCCACUGUGGUACGUUGGCCAGCCUGCCAUGUCCAUGGUCGGCCAGAUGAACAUCGAGGCCGAGGUCGGCGAGCUCGACGAGCGCCAGUGCACGACGGUCGUGUGGCGUGGCAAGCCUGUCUUCGUGUACCGUCGCUCGGCUCGGCAGAUGAAGGAGUUGAUGGAGACGCCGUUGUCGGUUCUCAAGGACCCUGAAACCGACGAAGCCCGCUUCCCGGACCGCCGCGACAAGGCCGUCGUCAUUGCCAUCUGCACCCACCUUGGCUGCGUGCCGAUCCCCAACGAGGGUCUCUUCAAUGGCUUCUUCUGCCCGUGCCACGGCAGCCACUACGACCCCUCCGGCCGUAUCCGCCAGGGCCCUGCGCCGCUGAACCUCGAGGUGCCGCCGUACCGCUGGAUCGACGACAACACCAUCUACAUGGGUAAGCUUUAA